UGGUUAUCGAAAGCGUGAGCUCUCCCCAUCUUCCGGCAGCUGCGGCGUUGCAGCAUUCAAGCGCUGCUGCGUACAGCGGACUGCAGCACGAGGGACGAGUGCCAGCGGCGCCUCACGAGGGUUUUCUUUAUUCAAGUACAGUCUCGUGCAGACGUUUACGUGAAGAGAGUUGUGUGUGCGUGCGCGUGCGUACGGCGUCUCUAAGUCUUCGUGGUUCGCCGCAGUGAGCACAGUGUGUGACCGAACGGAACCUCACAUCGUGUGAACCCAAAACUUGUUUCAGCAUCCACAGGAAGGAAGGAAUGUGUGAACUAAGCAGCAGAAUGGACGUUGGGGAUUAUUUUUUUUUCGAUUUUUGUUUUGUGGCCAAUCUCAAGGACUCUCUCACCUGUUUAAGCACUUGACAUCCUCGUCAAGGAGCGUAUUGACGAGAGGGGGGUCAGCGUGUUGCACGAGGUGGGGGAGAGACAGAGUGGUCAUCUAGGAGACAGCGACAUCGCGUGGCGGCUACUCGCACAGCUGUGACGUAACGUCAGGUGUCGUUACAGGAGACGGCGACAGGAGGAAAACUCCACGUACCGCGACAAUCAGCCUUUAAAAUAAACAAGUGGUUUGAUUGGUGUACUGCCUAGUCUUCAUGUGAAGACUAACAUGGGAUGUCGUCUGCCAGCUGUGAACAUUGGAUGCGACGUGUGAACGAUGACUGGAUGCUGCUCAUUCUGACUUGAACACGAGGAACUGAGGGGAAGUGUUCCGUUGACAACAGUAAGCUGUGUGACCGUCGCCAUGUCUCGCUUGAACGGAGGGUGCCGGCCCGCCAGCACGGGCCUCUACCUGUCUCUGUGGGAGUCCAAGGUGCAGGAGCUGCUGGAGCUGUUGACCCACACAACACUCGAGACACACAAACUGGAUCUGAUGGCCGAAAUCUCCAAUCUUAAACUACGACUUGCAUCAUCAGAGAAAGACAGACGAGAAUUGGACGAAAGAUGUCGUAUGGCACAGAGACAAAUAACAGAACUAGAAGCCAAGCUACUAAUAAAGGAUGCUGAAAUGGCCGAACUGCGACAGAGACUCAUACGCAAUGGGACCUUGCUUCUUCCUGAACCUGGAGGAGAGGCUUCAUGUGACCGCACUUUAGAACGCGAGAAAACUUUAGAUAGGCUUAAGCGGAAACAGACGGAGGUGGAAAAGCUAAAGAAAGCAGUAGAUGCACUGAUGCUGUCCAAUGAAGACAAGGAUCGGAGACUGGACGACAUGAGGCGACUGCUGAAGCGCUACAGACGAGUAGAAGAGAUUCUUGUCCAAGCACAGGGGAGGAAAGCUGUAGAGGAGCUCCUGCAGAAUAUUGAGGAUGACACUAGCUCCAACUCCUCCACCACACCGUCCAUCCAUGACACCUCUUUGAGGGACAGCGGCAUGAACGAUGAGUACAGAGAAAACAGACAUGGAAUGUCAUCCCCAAGUGCCACCAGUACUCCAGUUCACAAUACGGAUGCCAGUCGCUUCAAUGGAAAUGCCAGUGUAGUGCCAGUCCACUCCCUGCCAGCCAGUGCCAGACAAGCCCUGGGCAUGACUCGCUCCAACAGUUGUGAGAACAUUGCGGCUUCUGGAGACAAGGGACCACAAGAAGGCAAAAAGAAGGAGAGUAACUCUGGAAUCGGGGGUAGUUACGGUACGUUGCCCAAGCACAGUAGCAGUUACGGUGCCAGCAAUAGGGAAGGUGCUUCUAUUGAGCGGGACAUUUCCGGGUCAGCUAAGCGCAAUCGCGGCUUCCCCACCCUGAGUAAAACGCUGUUGCGCAUAAGGUCAGGCAAGCGGAGCUCGUCAGCACCCAACUUAGCUCACACAGAAGUUGUGACAGAUGACGAGGAUGGGCUGCAGCACAUGGGAGUAGCAGGACCAAUUGGCGUUGACCACAAGAAGAGGAGAGGGCUGAGGCGUUUGUUUGGCAGAUUGAAGCGCAGCAGUUCACAAGACUUUGAAGGAGGAAGAGAUCGCCAUGAUGGGGAGUUCAGACGAGGAGGGGUGCGUGCCACAGCCACAGCACGUCUGGGCUGGUCCCAGCGAAGUAAAUUGUUUGACACGGAUACACCAUUUGCACGCUGGGACGGGGACCGUGUGAUGGCAUGGUUGAAUGAAAUUGGCCUGAAUAUGUACCUGGGCGAGUGCAAGCGCUGGGUACGCAAUGGGGAACAGUUGCUGAGGGCAUCUGCACACGACUUAGAGAAGGACCUGGGAAUGAAAAAUCCCCUGCAUCGGAAAAAGCUGCAGCUGGCCCUGCAAGCUAUUGGAUCAGAAAAGGGAGACCAUCUCAGCCUUUUAGACCACAAUUUUAUUGCUCGCUGGUUGGAUGAUAUUGGUUUGCCCCAGUACAAGGACUUGUUCUAUGAUGCGCGUGUUGAUGGCCGUAUGCUUCACUACUUGACUGUGGAUGAUCUUUUGGCACUCAAGGUCACUAAUGAACUCCAUCAUAUCAGCAUCAAGCGAGGCAUCCAAAUAUUGCGUCUCAAUGCCUUUAAUCCAUCCUGCCUUCGGCGGCGGCCAUUCCCAGAGGAGCUCAAUCAGCCGAUUCAAAAUCAGCCAGGGGAGGUUAUGCUGUGGACCAAUCACAGAGUUAUGGAGUGGCUACGUACAAUCGAUUUGUCUGAGUAUGCACCAAACCUACGUGGAAGCGGUGUUCAUGGGGCAUUGAUGGUGCUGGAACCAAGAUUCAAUGCGGAGUUAUUUGCCCAGUUGUUAUCCAUUCCUACCAACAAGACACUGCUGAGGCGACACUUAUCUACCCACUUUGUGGGUAUCAUUGGCCCCGAGACCCAGACACGCAAGCGAGAGUUUGAGUCGUUGCCUGGCUACCAGCCUCUUCUUGUAAACGCAAAAGUUAAGAAAGGAAAGUUUGGUCUUUUUGGCCACAAACGUAGCAAGUCAGAGACAGAGGCUGAUGGAUUUAUUUGCCCAAUGGAUGGUCAAAACUCACAAGGCACGCUGAAAAAUGGAACUCAGGGUGAUGCCAGGGCAGCCCAGGAGAUUGGUGCUAUGUCGAAAGAAAUAAACUCCCUUACAACCAUGCUGUCUCAGGAGAGGUUUCUUGACUCGGCCAAAACAUCGAACGUCUGAUGCAAGGAAGUGGCUGCUCCUCCCUCCAAGUUUCCGCUGUUUGCAGAAAUGGAACCUUACUUUUCUCUUGUCUCUUGGCUAUGGCAUCAGGGUGGAUAACUUUUCAAGAUGAUUGAAGCAUUCAUUUACUGGAAACAGUAACUGCUUUCCGACAGCUGGAAGAGUGGAUGGAGCACAUGCCUUCAGAGGAGUUUGAUUAUCCUCAUCACAUUACUUACUGAAAACUUGUCAUAAAUGUGUGAAAGAGCAAACUUGUUUGAGAAGAAUCAUACUGCUGCCGUUGACAGUUUGCUAAAACCAGGAUCUUAUCAAGAGACUUUAGACAAAAAGAACAAAAAGAAAAUAUGCAAGACAGGUUGUGUUGUCUGUCUACCAUUUUUUUAAACUAAACACUGACUUUCAAAGAGCAUGACCAAAAAUCAAUUUGUGGUCAUGAUCAUUUUGGUCAGAACUGGAUCUGGCUGAGCAUCCAAGAAAAGGCUGGCCUUAAUUCAUGGAUGACUUAUCAUGUUGUGAUGAAGAUGUUCGCAAUGGCUAUGUUUUCUUACUGGUAUUUCUUAUCUGUGGAGAUAAAGUAAUCUGAAGACAGUUGAAGUUUGUGUUAAUUGAGAAUUCAGAGUGCAUAGUGUGAUGUUGAAGAUCGGUUCUUCAUCUGUACGGAGAUGGAUGACAAUGUAUAAAAAUUUCAGACAGUAUGUGGUUGUGCAUAAAUACUGAAAUAAAGACUUCGUGAAAGAAAAUGACUCGUGACACUGGAAACAACAUCCGACACCAUGUUAGAAAGGAAUUAUUUUCUGUCAACACUGAUGUCUUUCUGGAAAUGUGGACUUCAACCUCACUUUGUCUGAAAGAUUUGUGAAAAAUCCUAAAAUCUCUGGAAUCCAAAGUUAGAAAGGAUUCGUGUAUUGUAUACCAUCACACCAUUUAGUGCCAUAAGGAAUGGUGCUGAAAGAAGUGUUUAAACUCGCUGACUCUGGCUGUGGACUUUGAUUCUUGUGUGAUUUUUUUUCACUGCCUGGUCUGAAUACAAUAAAUGCCCCUGUGUGCAGGGUGCUAAAAUGUGCAUCUGCAGCAGUAGCUACCAUGACCAGAGAUAGUGGGCCCAGGUUGUACAGCAUCAGGAUACAGAAGAGAACAGCUGUGUAGCAUCCACAUUUACAGGCGGCUUACUGCGUGAGGGAAAGAGUAGUAGUCUGCAAGUGAACUGCAAAAUUUACACCAAUAACUUUUUCUUUAUUUGAAGUGUGAUCAUCAUUGAAGAUGCUGUGGCUUAGACAGGUAAAUUCUGGGUACUUUAUCCUCAGCUCCAAAGCAUGCUUUGGAUGGAGUAUAAAGGGGUGGAAGAGGAUUAGUGUUCCACAAUUUAAGGGAGAUAAUACCUUCAUAAACCCAUUUGGAUUUCCUGUUUAGUGUUUUACGAAGAUAAAGUUUUUUUAUAGGAGCUUUCAAAAAUCAUCAUCAACUCACUGUCUUGUAGUUACAGCUGUAAAAUUUGAAGUGGUUAAAAGCAUGCGUGUGCUCAUGCAUCUUGUGUAUGUACAUGCACGUGUGCAUAAUACUUAAAGAGACAACCUGCAUUAUGAUUAUUCCUAGCGUUCCAUGCCAUUCCCACGACCACUAUGGCUAUUGCAGGGAUAACUUUGCCAGCUAAAAUAUUUUUUAUCUCAAAAGAGUGCCAGUCCUAGCAUAAUAAUCAUUCACAAUUGCCACAGUUUUGCGCCCACUAUUUUCAGGGUACCAUCACACUACAACUAACCCUGAUAAAUAAUGACCUGGUUAUCAUAAUUCGUGAUACAUCCAAACAAAGUCUUUUUUAAUCUUUCUUUUUUUUUAAACAUUUUAUUACUUUUCAUAUGACAUUUUUGAUCAAAGCUUUCUCAGGCACUUGUUCUCAAAAGUUCUCUUUUGCGUGUUCUAACAUGCCUGUUCUGAUGCUGCUACCCCAAGAAGUGUGGAGCCAUUAGCAGAUUUACCCUCUGAGCUUGCUGAAACAACAAAACAUUUAUAUCUGAGCCCAUUCUUGCCUUGGUGAAGUGAUUAUUGUUGAAGUUUUCCUCCUCCCUUUGCUCAAGCAGGAACUCAAAGAUGCCAAGAUGGACAAUGACACAUGGUAUAGGAACCUCACAGUCCAAAGAUUUUCUUUCUUGUGAAUGCAUUAGCAGGCUGCUUCAUGAGGAUACUCUGUGUCGUGCCCUGGGUUUUAUCUUGGUCACACUGUUCUUUCUCUGCAGCUGGCAUCGGCUUAGCCAUGACAGAACUGUAGUUGCUGGCUUCAAGCAUAAAGUACUAUCUCCCCCAACCCCUACCUAUUGCGAAGUGACUGACAUGCACCUAAAACUGCUGACUUUUUAAAUAAUAACUGUUCACAAAAAUAUCUGGUCUGGUAUCACCAAAACCGUUGAUGUCUUCCUCAAUCUUACCUGCACUGUUUUCCAGACCAUAUGAUCUAUCCUGAUCAUCUACUCUUGAUAAAAUCCUAUUACAUAUGGUAUACUUGUGUUGCUGCUGCCAACUCCUUUGUAAAGGUUGCACUUGGGUUGGCCAAAUGGUUUUCAAAUUUUGCAAAAAAGUUUCUGCAUAAUUAGGAUUUUAUUCUGACAAAUAUUAAAAACCUGGUUAGGCAAGCCUACUAUAUGCUUUCAGGGAUUGGGACAAUCUUCCUAGCUUGCUACCAAGAGACUGCAGAUUUCUUAGGUCACUUGGUGUUGCAGGAAUUUUUCAGCAGAAUUGACUUGCUGGUCAUGGUGACCAACUUGAUGUUGGCCUGGUAAAGCCUCAUGGCGAUCUGAAACUGCUGAAAGAAAAGUUUAAGAAAAAUUGCCAAGACUUCAGGGGAGGGUAGGGGUUAGGGUAAGGACCCAAGUAAAGAGAUCAACACCUGAAGACAGGCAGUCAAGAAAACCUGCUGCCUCAACACUGGCAUAAUGUAAAUUUUAUCGUGGCAUUUAUAGAUGUUGGCACUUGGUGUUGGGAUCAGCAAAGUUUUGACUUAUAAAGAUAUUGGCAGUUCAUCAUUUUAUAUUGUAAGAGUUGCAGUUUGUGCAUAUUUUUUAAGUAUUUAAAUUUUGUUUGCAUGUUUGGGACAAGUUGUAAAUACUGACGAUGGAUGUGUAGGUAGGCAGAUGAAGCUGUCAACCAGACUUGCAAAAAUUUAUUUUUGUAACCUUGUCUACCAUAUAUAACUGAAUAUUGGAUGAAACAACUGUUGCUCAUUGUGGAGCAAUUUGUAUUUUUGUGCUUCAAUAUUUGUCAUGGUCACUGGUAUAUGUGAUUGACCUGGUCGUUGUGUUAUUUGCCACUUGUGCCUUGCUUCUGACGUUCUCAACCAGUAAGCAGCGUUCAUGUGCCACUCAGAUGAAGCUAGCAUGCCAAACCUUCAAGUUGUCUGUCUGUAUCAGUGUGGACAGCUGGAGCUAAAGCGGGAGUACAAUGGCCCAGAUUCAGUUUAUUACUCUCUUAACUCUUUAAUCCCUUGAUCAUAACUAUUAUUAUUGCUAUUAUUAGCGACCCCAUCAUCAUUUCAGUCAUCACUCUCUACAUCUCUGCAUUGUAGUCAUUUUACCACCUUCUGCUGCCAUCAUUAUGUUGAUGUCAGGAAGUUGGUAGCUGCAAACUGAGCUACAUAAAACAAUGUACCAUUCAAAGGUUAGUGACUUGUGUGAGCCUUACUAAGUAAAAUCUUUGGGACAAGGUUGCGUGAAGUGUCAGUUUUUUGGUUAACUUUUAGGGUGUGUUUCCCUUAAAGUAAUGCUGCUCUCUUAUUAUGUGAAAAGAAGCUGUGGUAAUUGGUAUGGACAUGGAUGGGGUGAGGUCAAGUGUUUUUGUGUUCUUCAUAGCUUCCUAUUUUAUUUUAACCCUAUUGUGCCUUGGCAUGCUUCCACCCCACCCAUCCUUGGCUUCCAGUCUCUUUAACCUUGCUCUCAGUCACCUAUACCCCUACUUUCUAAACUGGUGGCUAAGGUAAUCAACUUUUUGAGCUUGAAAAAAAUGAAAAUUUUGGUGACAGCAGCAUCGAAAAUGUAGCUUUAUCUACAUAAGUUAUCUACAUUUAUUUUGGUCUACAGACAUUUUCACUACAGCUGUAUAUGGAGUUCUUAAAUCUCCUGAUGUUCACAAAGUGUAUUUUUAUUCCCAGAAACCCCUUGAUAGAACAGUAACAUUAAAAAAUAUCUGUAAAAUCAUUUAUCAGAUUAAUGGAAAUUUUCCAUUUGAAAACCAUACAGAAAUUUUUUUAUAUAAAUCCUACGAUGUGUCAACAGGACAGAUUGUUGAUGGUCUUGCUCUUGGAUGUCCCUAAUGUAAUGUACUAAAAUUUUUGUUAGCAUAUUUCCUUGAUAAUUUUGAUGUUACAGCAUGGGAUACCCCCUGUGGUAUAUCUCAAGAACUAUGCAGAACAGCACUUUAAAGAUUAAUCCCUAUGUAAUUUUUUCACUAAAAUGCCAUGAAAUCUACAAUUAUUCGCCUACAGUCCUUAUGGUCCUAAAAGAGUUAAUUAUUAAAUAGAUUAUACACGUAGCAUCAUUUUCUAAGUUUUAGUGUAAUUUUUCAUUCAAGAUUUAGAAAUUGGGAAAGAUUUUGAUAAAGAGUUUUAUCAAAUGCAGAAGGUGUGCAGAGGAAUUUGGACAUGAAAAACUGAUGUCAACUUUUUAAGACAUUUCACAGAAUACAAAACUUUAUGAAGAAUACUAGGCUGUAGCUGUUGGUGUGAAGAUUAUUUCUGAGACCUGAUCAAAAUUUAUCUUCACAGAUAAUUUUUUUUGUUUUAGUACAGAUUCUUUAAAAAAAAAAAAAGUAAUGCUUGCAGUUGUCGACCGCUGCCAAUUGUGGCCUAAAUUUGUGAUGCACAAUUCACACUUGCUUUCCACGCCUCCCGAGUAUUGUACUUAGUUAGUAGGUUGUAUUAUUGAUUGUACCAUGGGUCUUUUUUUCACCUCACCUCAUUAUGUUAAAAAGCUGCAGUUGCUGCAUUGUCACCACUAUUUUGUUGUCUUGUGCACACCUUUUGCAAAAUUGUUUCAGUCAUAAUAUGCUUAUGCCCCAAAAGAAUUUAAUUUUGUUGUAGCAUAGCAUCUUAAUGAAGAUCAGCUGUUUGCAUCUGAGAAAUCAAUUAAAUUGAAAGAAUUAAAUGCAGCUAGACUGAGCAUGCCAAUUCAAAACAGUUAGAAAUUAACAUUAGAAAAUUCAACUUCUUUUGGUGUUUUUGUAGGCUUUAAUUUUGUUUUAACUCAUUUAACAAUGAGGUCUGCAUGUUUCUACUGGUAAAGUGGGUGCUAACUUGUGUACAAACCAUUCUGUUUAGUUCUGUCAGAUAUCGCCCCAUCCCCCUCCCUUUAAUGAUUUAAGUGUUCACACUUAAGCAUUUUACGGGUUUAAAUGUUUAGAGUUUAAACUGGUAAAAACUUAAUCUCGUGGCUUUUUUAUACUUUAAAUAAAAUGAGGGAUGAAAAAUACUAGGAUUGCAAAAUGUAACCAAUGAUUUAUUGUUUUUUGUCAUGUUUACACUGUAUGUGUGUGUAGUUCAUAAUUCAGCCAGUUACUUUAACAGACCAAUAAAGAACACCUUCUUGGUGCUGAAAUGAA